AUGUCCUUCGAUUCCCUCGCCUACGAUGAUUUCGUGUUUAGCCCCGACUCCAUGUUGCAUCCGCCUGAGUCUACACUGCGAUAUAGGCCAGGUGGACUCCAUCCCGUGCUACUAGGCGAUGUGAUUUGCAGCGCAAACACUCGUUAUCAUAUCGUCCAGAAACUUGGGUGGGGAGGAUCUGCUACUGUAUGGCUUGCCCAAAACCUUGCCUCCCUCGAGUGGUACUCUCUGCGCAUAAGGGCGGCCGGAUGUGCAGAUGAGGGCGAGGACGAAGUGAUCGAACAACUUGUCUCUAAGGCUCACUCCCCACAUUUGCCUGUUAUUGCGGAAACAUUCUCUAUCACAGGACCCAACGGCACUCACACAGUGACGGUGUCGGACGUUAUAUCUCCUCUCGAUACGACUUUGCGUCAACUACCGCCUGGAUCUGUUGAUCUGAAAGCCAUUGUGCGUGGGUUAGUAGAGGGAGUGACACAUAUGCACAAUGCAGGCAUUGUUCAUGGCGACCUGCAUAUUCGAAAUGUCGGGCUCGAAAUGCCAUCUCUCAAAGAUGAGGACUAUGGGGGCGGGGAUCCAUAUCGGCCGGCUUGCUCAUGUAUGCCCGAUGUCAUCGUCGUGCUUGCGAAGAGUCCGAACGCUCAUGUGCUAUGUGCGCGCGGCCAUUUUCCGCGCUAUCAAGUGGCUCCUGUGGAUUUAGCUUCGCACUACGUGCAGCUCUCCAGCAAACUUCCGUCUCACAAACACCUUGUCAAGAUCUUCGACUUCGGCAACGCGCGGCUUACUCGAUCGUCGCACGCCACAAAUGGGUUUAUCGACGACGUACUGCCUCCAGAGUGGGCCAUACGUUGUGAGGCCUCCGAAAGCGAUAUAGACGUCAUGCUGGAUACAUCGAGUGAUAUCUGGGCUCUUGGUCUCAUGAUAUUUCGCAUCAUGAGCCGAGGAGCAACCCUGAUCCGCGAUGGAUCCGACUUCCGUGAGACGUUGAAACUCGUCGGCACGAUACCCCGCGCAUGGAAGACGUCUUAUCCGGGAGUUGACUUUCCUGCCGCGAGCGAAGUCACACCUGAGAUUUCGCAGCGACUGUGGCAAAAACACUGGGUAUCUGUCCGUCGCACAUGUGUGUCAGAUGAAGAUGCAAGUGCACUGGUUGCUCUUCUGCAACGAAUCGUCAUUCUGGACCCUACGUCACGACCAAGUGCCGCGGAUAUCCUGCGCGAUCCAUGGUUCUCAAUCCAUGAGAGGAGGGAGCAGCCGAAUGAUAUGGGUGGCAUGUUACCCCAAUCACCUCGAGUACAGCCUCUCUUCCACGCGCGUCCUUCGUACCAACCCCCAUUCGCGCCAUCUUACACUCAGCUGCACGGGCUUCAACCUAGUCUCGUGCACUCAGGCCCCCAAUCUGAUCCUGUACAUCCACUGUACCACCACCCGACUCUCUUUUACACAAGCUCGCCGCCGGUGGCCCCAUCGUCGUUUCCCCAGCCCGGGCCAUCUGCCCCAUGUCUUCCUGUCUAUGUGCACCCUACACAUCUUUCCCCAUAA